AUGCACCAACUGAUCCCCCUCCUCAUCCUCUUCCUGGCCGUCGCGGCCGGCGCCUUCAUCGGCUACAGCAUCUACGCCUGGUCCAACGAACUCGCCGCGCGCGGCAAGCAGAAGAUGGAGAAGAAGCACAUGUCCUUCACCAAAGAGGGCGGGCUGCGCGUGGGCGUCCGGGAGAUGCGCGAUGAGAAGUAUGCGGAUAAGACGCAGAAUGUGAGUACAUGUACUUCCCCCAAUCUUACAUACAUUGCGCCACUGGCGCUACACACCAUCCAUCCAUCCAUACAUGCUGAUCUCACAUGUGUGUGUGUGUGUCCGUACAGGUCCUAGUAAAUGUAUGGAACAACGCCGAACUGCCCAAUUAUAAAUCCCGCCUCGGUUGGAAUAGCACCCAAGCCAAACAGAGUAGUGCUGCUUCGAAUCCUCCUCCUCGACCUGCUGGUAGCGGCUCGUCACGCGGUAGUUAA